CUGGCUCUGUCAGUGUCAAAAUCACAGGUCAAAAUCCGAUUGAACCUGCUGUGGAUUGAACUUAUUUUAUUAAAUAAUUUUGUGAAGUCAUAACUAUUACAUUAUUGUUAAUAUAUCAUUAUUUCAUUAGAUAAUUAAAAUGGCAGACAACUACAGCGAACUUACUAUUAGUGAGGCAAAAGACUUGUUGCGCCAGUGGAGAGACAAUAAUGAAAGAAAAAGUGAUGAAGUCCUCAAAGUGUGGUCUGUAAUAUUUGGUGGUCAUAAGAAUGGUGUGAAAAAUCUAGGAAAUGAAAAACAUCUGAUUCUGGAGCAAGUGUUCUAUGCUGCACUGGAUUGCCACUACUACACCAUGGCAUCAUACUGCAGUAUGACACUGCAAGAAGAGUUCCCUGACAGCUACCGAGCCGCCAAGCUCACAGCAACACUGUAUGAGGCUCAAGAAAAUUACGAGGACGCCCUGGCUAUGCUGGACAACAUCAUAAGGCUGGACGAAACGAACGCGGCGGCUCGUAAGCGCGUGGUCGCCAUUCUGAAGGCGCAGGGAUUGAUCCAGUCGGCCAUCAAGGAACUGGUCGACUAUUUGAAGAAGUUCAUGUCAGACGUGGAGGCGUGGCAGGAGCUAUCAGAGCUGUACCUGCAAGCUCAAGAGUACUCGCGCGCCGCCUUCUGCUGCGAGGAGAUCCUGCUGCACCAGCCGCACAACCAUCUGGCACACCAGCGGCUGGCCGACGUGCGGUACACCAUGGGUGGUGUAGAAAAUAUGGAAUUGGCAAAGACAUACUACUGCUCCGCUCUGAAAUUGAACCCAGACAACAUGCGAGCACUUCUUGGCUUGUUUUUGACGACCAACAACCUGCUCUCGCACUACAAGUCAGCAGGGCAGAGCGGCAAGCGCAAGGAGGCGUGGCGCGUGUGCCGCUGGGCGCAGGCGCGCGCCGCCCCCCCGCGCGCCCCCGGCGCCAACCUCGCCGCCAUGAUGCUACAGCUUGCCAUCGCCGACUAAAGCCCGGUCGCCGACCACGUAGAAUUGACCCCAAGCUACCCAUCCUUAUCGCUCGCGCGUAAUUAUGUUG